GUAACAAUGGAAAAAAAGGUCAGCACGUCACCGGGAUUUCCCGGUCCCGGUGGCUGAAGGUUUCGAAACUCAAGUUGGCUAGAACCAUCGGUUACGGUUCAUCGUAUUUCAUUGUUGUAGAUGGUAGAAAGCGAGAGGAACUGAGGAAGACUUCGAGACAGAGGAUGCGUUGCGAUAGAGCAGAGGGUUGAGAGGGAGAGAGAGAGAGAGAGAGAGAGAAGAUAGAUAAAUGGGGAGGGUUUUUCUGGUUGAAUUGGAUGGCAAGGCUUAUAGAUGCAGGUUCUGUGACAUCCCUCUAGCCCUCGUUGACGAGGUCCUCUCUCGGUCAUUCAAUUGCCGGCAAGGGAGGGCAUAUCUUUUCAGCAAUGUGGUAAAUAUAACUCUUGGAUCUGAGGAAGAGAGGUUAAUGCUUUCUGGUUCGCACACAGUUGAAGAUAUUUUUUGCUGCUGCUGUGGACAGAUUCUUGGUUGGAAAUAUGUAGUUGCGCAUGACAAAAACCAAAAGUAUAAGGAAGGGAAAUUUGUGCUUGAGAGAUGGAGAAUAAAUGGAGAUGUCACUGAUGAAUUCAAUCUGGAUGCUCGUCCCGGUUCUAGUGAUGCGGAAAAUCCUUAGGAAGUCGUUCCAUUUUAUAAAACAAUUAAACGCUAUAAGCUAUACUGCUAUAUAAUAGGAGACAUAAUAUAACUAUUAUACUGGAGUUGCAAAAAAGAAAAUCUUGCAUUAAGAAUCUAUAAUUUAGGUGAUUAAUAAUGCAUAAGUAGUGCAUUAUUAGUGUUGUAUUAGCACAGGAUUAUGCUACAUGGUUACCAUGAGACAGACAUUUGCGUUGUUAAUAGAGUAAGCUCCCAUAAAAUGCAAGUUAGGCCCUAAUUUUAUUUUUAGAAUUUGUAUUAAAUAUCAUAUUUUUGCUUUUCCACCAGACAUGAUAAUCAGACUCAAAAUGUGAACUUUACCAUGAAUUUUUAAAGUUGCUAUC